AUGUCGUGGCAAACUUACGUCGAUGAGCACUUGAUGUGCGAGACCGAGGGUCACCAUCUUACCGCGGCGGCAAUCAUGGGACUAGAUGGUAGCAUUUGGGCUAAGAGUGCAUCUUUUCCUGAGGUAAAAUCGGAAGAGAUUAACAACAUAGUGAAAGACUUCGAUGAGCCGGGAACACUAGCCCCCACUGGCCUAUUCAUAGAUGCAGCAAAGUACAUGGUCAUUCAAGGAGAGCCCGGGGUCGUCAUUCGCGGGAAGAAGGGAACGGGAGGUAUCACCAUUAAGAAGACCAAUCAAGCACUGAUUUUCGGCCUCUACGAUGAGCCAAUGACUCCGGGGCAAUGCAACUUGGUCGUCGAAAGGCUCGGUGAUUACCUUUCCGAUCAAGGCCUAUAGCUUAUCAACUCGCACUAGCAACCUAUGCUUUGCAUUCCCCACCCUACUACAAAUCAUGAGAUUUCCUUUGCUAACUUCAUUCCGAAAGAGAUUGUAGAAUAAUAAUUCGACCGAGUAGACGAGAGCAUUGUGAUUGUGUUCGUGUUCUAGUCGUCGACCUAUUGUUUUCAAGUCAUCCCCUUGUAUCCUUCUUUGUUCUUGCGCACAUUUCUUAUGAGG